UACACUGUUGUGUAUAUAUAUGCUAUACACAUAUAUGUAGAUACAUGCAUAUCGUAUAGAUACGACAUACCUACUCUUAUUUUUCCAUCUCUUAUGUUGGAACAGUUAUCGAACAUCCAACUUGUUUAUCUUUUCUUCAGAAGAAGAUAGGAAAAUUAAAAGCAUGUAUGUACAUAUUAUUGGAUACUGAACAAUGGAUCUGGUAUAUAUACGAAAGAAUAAUUAAUAUAAAGAUGAGAAAAUUUAAAUAAUACCAAUUGUGACUAAGAGAAAUCGUUAAAGUAUCUUCAUUUUUUAAUUUUUAUAUAGAACGAUGUUUUUGGGAAACUGGACUAUUGAUGAAAAACAGUCUGCGGAUAAUGAAGGUUUUCUUUCUUCUGAAAUAACAAAAGAUGUCAAUGUUACAAAAAGAUCUGAUGUACCCAUUUAUUACUUCUACAAAACGCAUUGGCGUAAUGAUGCUGAAAUACAGCGACACUAUUGGACAGCAUCUUUUUUGUUACCGCUCGGUUCAAUUUUUAUACUUGCCCUAGUAGUUGUAUUAAUGGUACUAUUCAAAAGAUGUCCACAUAUUGUUGCUGCAAUAGUUGCUGGAAUUCUUGGAAUUAUUCUUGUAUUUGUGACGCUAAUAUCACUUAACCAUCCACCAACGUACUCUUGAUACAUUUUUGUUGCUUUUUAUAAAAGAAAAUAUACUAUCGAGUAUUUUUAUUGUUGUUGGUAGAAAUAAAGACUGAUAUAAUGAGAUAUUAAUUAUAAAUUUUGGACAAUAACGAUAUUGAAUCUGUUCUUUUUAAAAUGUUACACAAUAUUUGAAUUUUGAUAUAUGAAAUUAUGAUUUUAAAUGUAUAUAAAAGAAAUAAAUUACUUACUGUUAACAUUU